CAAAUUUCCUCGUUGUUUGUAGGCUACCUUUAUUCCUUUUUCAAAAGCCAACUCCUUAAAUGGAACCUUAGUCGCGAAGGCUAAGCCAAAAGUUUCGAUUUUUUUUUUGUUUUCAUUUUCCAGUUAGAAUUUUAUUAUGGGAGGCGGAGCAGCCAUUAGAGCCAUGGCCGCCGGUAAGGUCGCCGGGGUAGGCGUUUUCAACGGUGGGAUUCGUGGCGGCUUGUCUUCUGCAACCGCCACGGCCCCGCCCGCAUCACAAUCCCUGCAAAACGCUUCGCGACCCGUAGGCGGAAUCUUGUCGAGCGGGAAGGUUUCCGCUGGAGGUGACGUUGCGGAGGCGCAGAAAGCCUUGUGGGAAUUGGAUGACUGGGGGUUCGCCGGAGGAGAAAAUGAUUUUCUGGUGGCACCAGAGCCAAAAUCGUCUGAGCCAAUAGCUAGGGUUAUAUUUGGGGGUGCGCCAAGCCUCGAGGAGGCUAAGGAAGCCACGUCCGAACUCAAAGAAGCGUUGAAAAAGGUAUAUUUUUCAUCUGAGAAUUCCAGUGUGAGUGAAUAUGAUGGUGUAGUGCCGGUUGCUGCGGUGGCAGGGCUGCCAUUGGUUGCAAACUCUGAAUCUUUGGAGACCAAGAGCUGUAUCUCAUGUGACCCAAAAUCUGUCACCGGACCAAAACAUGCUAUUCAGGCGUUUAAAUUCCUUUGCGAGAAUGCUUCAGCUCAGACUGUUGUUGCAUCAAUUGCUACUGACUCAAAUGUCUGGAAUGCUGUCAUGCAAAAUGACGAUCUGAUCCAAUUCAUACGGUCCCAGAAAAACAAUAAUAUGUUUCAAGAUCAGGGAUCUCCCGGAGAGAUUGAGGAAUUAUCUGAUUUGAGCAAAGAAGAAGAUACUUUAAGCCAUUCUGGAGACAGUGGAGGCCAAAGCCGGUUCAAGCCCAUGGCUGUUCUUUGGAAGAUCAAGGAUAGGGUGGUUGAAUUGGGAAGAAUAACCAAGGAUAGGGUGGCUGGAUUGGGAAGAACAACCAAGGAUAGUGUGGUUGAAUUGGGAAGAAGAAUAACCAAGGAUAGUGUGGUUGAAUUGGGAAGAACAACCAAGGAUAGUGUGUUUGAAUUGGGAAGAACAACCGGCGAUCGAGUGGCUGAGAUGGUGAGCAAUGUGGGUAAUUAUCUACAGAACAUCUUUGGCACACCCGCAGCUGAUAAGACUUAUGCAGGAGCAGAUGGCAAACCAGCAGAAGCAGAUGGCAAACCAGACUAUUUUGAAAAGGCCAUUGGACUGACCAUUAUGGCGAUCGUGGUGAUUGUGCUGAAGCGACCUUAUAAGUUUAUAUAAUCUAGCAAACUACCUGAAAAUUUGCCGAACUUACAAACUCUUUGGAUGUGUUUCUCUAUUUUGAUGCAUUAAUAUAUACUAAAAUUUGAUAUGCAGUAGUUCACGAGGUUACAGUGCUUCACAUGGAAUAAAUUUGCUUGUUCCCCUCA